UCCUCCACCAGUGACGCUCAUAGACCGCGCUCACGCUCAGGAUGGAAACAUCGCGAGAGUAUGAGGCGGAAGUGUAGCCCGUGUGUGUUUGUGUAACAUGUUAGGAAACUCCUCCUGUGUCCUUACAACGCAAUGACAGAAUCGCGUCCAUGGCGGGACAUCUGAAGAAGCAGUUAAAAGAGGCGGUCAAGAUCAUCAGCUCAGGGAGCCUUCUGUUUGCCUCCUACCUGACCGUGGUCGGAGAUGAGCGUUUCUAUGCCAACCAACUGAUGCCCCUGCUGCAGAGGAUUGUGGGGGCAGAGACGGCACAUGUGUUGGCAGUGAAGAUGAUCAGUCUGGGUCUGGUUCCUCUGAAUAGAUACCAGGACCCUGCGUCAUUGGAAAUGAACGUCUUGGGAUUAAAAUUCAAAAAUCCUAUUGGCAUUGCGGCGGGCUUCGACAAGCACGGGGAGGCUGUGGACGGUUUGCAGAAAAUGGGUUUUGGUUUUGUCGAAGUGGGGACGAUCACGCCCAAACCUCAGGAGGGGAACCCCAAACCGCGUGUGUUUCGACUCAGCGCAGAUCGUGCCGUUAUUAACAGAUAUGGAUUCAACAGCUGUGGUUUGGCAGAAGCGCAGCAGAGGCUGAAGGCUCGGGAAGAAAUACAGCAAGAGCAAAGUAAAGGUUAUUUGUACUUCCUGUCUCUGCAGCUGGGUGUGGACGGUUUAAUGGUGUCCAACACCACAGUGUCCAGGCCCGAGACCCUCCAGGAUCCACACAAGUCUGAGGUUGGUGGGCUCAGUGGCCAGCCGCUCAAAGACCUCUCUACCAGCACCGUGAGAGAGAUGUACAACCUCACCAAAGGUAAAAUACUGAUUGUGGGAAUUGGUGGUGUGGCCAGUGGGCAGGAUGCUAUGGAUAAGAUCCGUGCUGGUGCUUCAUUGGUUCAGCUCUACACUGCUUUGACCUAUCAGGGUCCACCUAUAGUGUCAAAGAUCAAGAGAGAAUUGGAGCAACUUCUGAAAGAGGAAGGUUUCAGCAGCGUGUCGGAGGCAGUUGGAGCAGAUCACAGAGAAGCAGACGGCUUGGCUCGUAAACAGAACCUGCUGAAAGACACAGACACUCAGGGCUUAGCAGCACCUGCAGCUGCCAACUCCUCCAACUAGGAAACAUGAUCAUCAACGUCGUCCUGAACUGAGAUGAAUGCUGAGUAUUUGUGACCGUCCGUCCGUCCAUGCCUCAUGAUAUACAGGGUGGAAGCUACAGUCAGGUUUGAACCAUAUUUUCAUUAUUUGCGGUGAGGAGUUAAACAGUAAAUGCACCAAAUCUCAUCUAUUCCAUUACUUGAAAAUUAUUAAGUGCGUAUUGUGUAAUGAUGGUGCAUCUGUACAAGCAGAGGUCUGUUUGUAACUUUAUUUCAGGCGUUUAUCCUUUUGUUACAGUGUAACAGCAGUAAAUAUUUCUCAAUCUGUACUGAGAACCAAAGUGCUUGAAUCUUUCAAACACUUAGUCUCUAAUCUCAUUCUUAUUGACGGAUACAAGUAAUUUUCUUGUGUGUAAAGACAAUAAUCUGACAUGACGUUAUACAGAUAAAAUGGCAAAACUUGUUUUUUAAGGAAUUAUCUAAUGCAGAAGUUGAAACAUCUUCAAAUGUUGAUAUUGUAUUAUUUUAAAAUCCAAAAAUACAUUUUAAUAUUCAUAAAUCAGUAGCACAAUGCAAAAAACAAAUACAUUGAAAUUAAAUUAAAUCAAGACAAAUAAAGUUGUCAAACACAGCAACAGCUCAAAUGUUAUUUGGGUUUUUAUUUUGCUCUGUUGUUCAUAGUGAAUAUUUGUGAUCUCCCUGUUUUAAGGUUUUUGUAUCAGACUUGGUUAAAGCUCCAACAGUAAAGACUUGUUACAAAGAAGAAAUUACCAUCACUGACAAAUGACUAUUUCCUGGAAAGAACUCUUAUAUUUGCAGAUGAACAUUUUUUAUUUCAUUAUUUUAUAUGUUUUCUGGUUUACUGCUGUCUCAAGUUGACGUGACAAAAAGAUUUCCAACACGACACAUGACUCAGUAUACUGUACUGUGUAUAAAAGACAUUUGUUCCAGUGUGGGAGAUCCACAUCUGGAAUCAAACUACUGGUAAAUCACGCCUGAUUAAAAACAAACAAACAAAAAAUCUUUGUGCUCUGAUU